AUGCAAGCAAUGGGGUUAUCAGUAGCAGUUUCAGUUCCAUUUUACCAUUCCAGAUUAUGCAUCAAUGCCUCUCCUCAUCCACCCAUUCCCCUCAAUUUGAAUCAUGGCUUUUCCAAAUCACUUACAUUCAGGGACAGACUAACUCGUGGGAAGAGUAGCUAUGUCAUUCGUUCCCAAAAGAAUCGUGACGAUGAUGGUGAUGUCGAUGGAUUUUACAUGAGGAAAAGCGUUGAGCUUGCCAGAAAGUAUUUGGGGUGUACAAGCCCCAAUCCUUUAGUUGGAUGUGUUAUUGUCAAAGAUGGUCAAAUUGUUGGCCAAGGUUUUCAUCCUAAACCUGGUCAACCUCAUGCUGAGGUGUUUGCUCUGAGAGAUGCUGCUGAUUUGGACGAGAAUGCAACGACGUAUGUCACUUUAGAAACUUGUAAUCAUUUUGGGAGGACUCCGCCUUGCACUGAAGCUCUCAUUAAAGCUAGACUUAAAAAGGUUGUUGUUGGGAUGGUGGAUCCAAAUCCUAUCGUGGCUUCCAAAGGGUUAGAUAGAUUGAGAGGUGCUGGAAUUGAAGUUGUUGUUGGUGUUGAGGAAGAAUUGUGUAAGGGCCUCAAUGAGGGUUAUAUUCAUCACAUGUUGACCCAGAAGCCUCUGCUUACUUUGAGGUAUUCUCUUUCUGUCAACGGAAACUUGUUGGACUCACUUGGGAAUGGAGUAACUCACUCUGGUGGAUACUAUUCUAGGCUAUUACAAGAAUAUGAUGCAGUUAUAUUAUCCUCUUCUUUAUUUCGUGAAACUUUAUCGGUCGACUCCGUACCUUCAUCUCAAGAACCUGGAGCCAAUCAACCCAUUCGGUUUAUAAUGCAUAGAGAUUCUGGUUCUGGUUCUUCAAAUCAAAUUCCAUUUAUAAUCGAUAACGUUACUGAUAAAAUGAUAAUCUUUACAGAUUGUAUAACAACAGCUCCCGAGGAGACUCAACAAGGAAUUAAAACUGUAUCUGUGGAUCAAAUAAAUCUUGAUGUGAUCUUGGAUUAUUGUAAUCGUCAAGGAUUGUGCAGUGUUCUGUUAGAUAUGAGAGGGAAUUUCAGUGAAUAUCAAGAGCUUGUUAAAGAGGGUAUUAGGAAGAAGUAUAUCAAUAAAUUUUCUUGUCAAUUUCAUCUCUCUUUUUCUUCUCCCUCCCACACCACCACCCUCCAAACCAACAACAUCGUCUUCCAGUAUUCUCUCAACGCUUAUCUAAAUUUCAUUAGAGGUGAUGAUGAAGCCAUCUCCGAACUCGACCACGAAAUCCGCACCAGGAUUCUCCGUGAGAAGUCUAACGCUGACAACACCCUUGCUGCCGCUGAACAAAAGGUCUCUGAAUUGGAGGCUCAAUUGGAGGGAUUGAGGUCUGCUCCUUCUCAGAAGGAUUUACUCGACAAAGAGAAGGAAAUGAUUCAAGGCGAUGUCAUUAAGUUUCACAAGAUUAUUGACGAGUUUGGGUUGCGGAUUGAGUCGAAAGAGAGGGAUUUGGUGGAGAAGGAGAAACAGUUGCAGGCUAAGGUCGUGGAGAGCGACAACAUAUGUCAAGAGAAUAAAAUGCUAAAGAAGAAGGUGGAGUCACAGCCUUUCAAUACCAGGGACGUUGAGAGGAUGAAAAGAGAGUUGCAGGCUGCUGAGAGGGAUGCUGGAGAGGCUGAACUUGCUAGGAAUGAUUGGGAGGAAAAGUGUUGGGAGCUUGGCCGUACUCUCGCAAAUAACAUCAGAGACUUAGAACCUAUCACCAGGGAUUGUAACCAAGCCCUUAAGAGGUUGAAGAUUGGUAAUGACAUUCAAUAUGUGUUGAAUCCCAAGGGAACCACGCCUGCUGAGAUCAUGGGCAUAUGCUGCUGCCGUACAGUGAAUCAAAACUAUGCAAAUAUUCUUUUGAUGCUUUUACGUCUCCGUCAGACUUGUGAUCACCCACUUCUUGUUAAAGAAUACAAUUCUGAUCCUGUUGGAAAAGAUUCUGUUGAAAUGGCAAAAAGGCUUCCAAAAGAGAUGCUGAUAAAUCUGUUUAAUAGUUUGGAAACAACUGCCACUAUAUGUUUUGUCUGCAAUAGGCCAGAGAAUAAGCUUGGAGAUGAUGAAACGUGGGAUAGGGCUGAAAGUGCUCUCAAGGAGGCUUUGGAUGAGUGUGGCAAAGGGAAUGUGUUUGUUAAGAACUUAGCGGAAUCGAUAGAUAAUGUGGGACUGCAUGAUUUAUUUCAAGAAUAUGGGAAUAUUUUGUCUAGCAAAAUUGUCAUCUCUGAAGAUGGGAAGAGCAAAGGGUUUGGUUAUAUACAGUUUGGUUCAGAGGAGUCUGCAAAUGAUGCUAUCCAGAAAAUGAAUGGCUCUACUGUGAGAGAUAAGCAGAUAUAUGUUGGGAAAUUUAUCAGAAAAAGUGAGCGCUCUUUGCCUGAACCUGAUGCCAAAUAUACAAACUUGUACGUUAAGAAUUUGGACCCAGAUAUUACCGAAGCACUUCUUAAAGAAAAGUUCUCAUCUUUUGGAAAAAUUCUUAGCUUGGCUAUUGUAAAGGAUGAGAAGGGGUUGUCAAAAGGUUUUGGAUUUAUGAACUAUGAAAACCCGGAUGAUGCAAGACGAGCAACGGAAGCAAGGAAUGGAUCACAAUUUGGUUCAAAGAACCUGUAUGUUGCAAGAGCACAAAAAAAGGUUGAACGUGAGAAGAUCUUGCAUCAGUGGUUUGCAGAAAGAUGCAUGGAGAAAAACUUGAAAUACAAGGGAUCAAACAUUUAUGUGAAGAACAUUGAUGAUAGUGUUAGUGACGAAGAACUAAAGAGUCAGUUUAGUGCUUGUGGCACAAUAACUUCUGCAAAAGUUAUGCGAGAUGACAAAGGAAAAAGCAAAGGCUUUGUGUUUGUCUGUUUCUCUACCCUGGAUGAGGCUGUUAAGGCUGUGAACAAUUUUCAUGGACGCAUGUUUCACGGAAAACCACUGUAUGUUGCUUUUGCUCAGAGGAAAGAUGUUAGGCAAAGCCUAUUGCAGCUCCAGCAUUCGCACUGGUGUUGUUUAUCAUCACCCUAA